GAUUUACUUAUUCAUCAAUUACGGGCACUCUAAUUGCGGGCUCUCACUCUCUUUUCAGAUCUGGAAUAGAGAGAGAGAGAGAGAGAGCUGAAUGAUUACAGCUUAAUUGUAACAAUCCCAACCUGGAAGUGGAAUACAUUGUUCCAAUCGACUGCUACGGUAGGAUAGUGAUUGACGCCGGCAGCCUCCGCGAGACCACCAACGAAAGAUGCCCAAUGAUGUGGAAACUACCAAAGAUGGUGAGGCCCAGAAAGGGUCGGACGGAGGUCCAGAUUCCCUUUCCCAUUCCGGUGAAACUCAAGUCACUUGGUACAGUGUCUUACUCCAGCAAGCAUCAGUAUAUGGCAUUGCUGUAGGAUACUGCAUUUCAGCAUCAUUACUUUCUAUCAUCAACAAAUGGGCCGUGAUGAAAUUUCCCUAUCCUGGUGCACUGACUGCUUUACAAUACUUCACAAGUGCAGCUGGUGUCUUCCUUUGUGGAAGGCUCAAGCUUAUAGAACACGAACCUUUAGAGCUUCUCACAAUGUGGCGAUUCCUGCCAGCAGCAUUUAUAUUCUACCUCUCUCUCUUCACGAACAGUGAGCUUCUCCUCCAUGCCAAUGUCGACACCUUUAUUGUCUUCCGGUCAGCUGUCCCCAUCUUUGUUGCAAUAGGAGAGAGCCUUUAUUUGCACCGACCAUGGCCCACAAUGAGGACUUGGAUCUCACUUUCCACCAUCUUUGGUGGUAGUGUGCUUUAUGUCUUAACAGAUUACCAGUUCACACUCAUGGCUUAUAGUUGGGCCUUGGCUUAUUUAGUGAGCAUGUCUAUAGAUUUUGUUUACAUUAAGCAUGUGGUUAUGACCAUUGGAUUGAGCACAUGGGGUCUUGUGCUGUACAACAAUCUUGAAGCUCUACUACUCUUUCCACUUGAGCUACUUGUCAUGGGGGAGUUAAAGAAGAUAAAGCACGAAAUCUCCGACAAAUCCGAUUGGUAUUCUUUCCAGGUGGUUUUACCAGUUGGGUUAUCUUGUUUGUUUGGUUUAGCAAUCUCCUUCUUUGGGUUUUCUUGUCGGAGAGCUAUUUCAGCAACAGGUUUUACUGUUCUUGGGAUAGUGAACAAGCUAUUGACAGUUGUGAUAAAUCUGGUUAUUUGGGACAAGCAUUCAACUUUUGUGGGUACGGUUGGGCUUUUAAUUUGUAUGAUAGGUGGGAUUAUGUACCAACAGUCCACAAGCAACAAACCUAAGGCUGUGACAGAAGCAAGUUCACCAGAGAGUGAACAAGAACAACAGAAGCUACUUGAAUUGCAGAGCACAGAGGAAAGUAAGGAUGUUGAGAAACAAGUUACAGACUUGGGAGAGGGAAAGUAAGGGGCACACUCUUAUUCAUAGCUCCCUGCAUCCAAUUGUGAUUAUGUUGGUAAACUCAUUAUUUUGGUCCAGCAUUCCAGCUUUACAUGGUAGUGAUUCCUCAUUCCGCUGAUGUGCAGAAAGCAUAUUUGAGCAGAAUUCUCGCGUCUGGAAUCCAGAAUGCGUUGGCUCGGGCUUUGGCAGAUUGGUCUGUUAUUUGGCUGAUAGCCUUUAACUUAUUUUUUAAAUGGGUAGUUCAGAUAGCCUAAUUUUUGUUUUCUGUCAUACGUGAUAAUCGAAUAUAAUGUUGGAUUUGUUCGACCAGCUUAUCAAAACUAUGUUGAGAUGAAAUUUGGUACUCUUUAGUACAUUUUUUUUCUUU